UUUAUGUGUGUGUGUGUCUCUCUGUGUAUUGUGUUUGAAAACAAAACAAAAGAAAAUUUAUCUUGAAGAUAUAUUCACUCUUUAUUUAUAUUUACAUUUGGAUAUUCGUUGGUUUGACCAAAUUGAAUAAUAAUGAUGGCUGAAAUGGAUGGAACUGAAAUUGUGAAUGAAAAUAUUCAAUUAAAUGGUGGUGGUGAUUCAUCGCCUGUAGUAGCAACAACAACAACAACAUCAACGUCCAUUGAACACGCAAUGAAUGGCCUUAAUGAUGAUGUAGUUGAUUCAUCAUGUUCUACAUCAUCGGAUAAUAUGAAGGAUCCAAAUUCAACAAUGAUGACGACAACAUCAAACAAUAACAACAACAACAACAACAAGAAACAAUCGGCGCCAAAUUAUGAUGAUAUAUUUCCCGCUUUGCCGAUGGGCGGUGGUCCAUUAGCCGGUCCAUUCAAUAUGUCAUCAACAUCAACAUCGUCAUCACCAAUGAUGAUGCAUCCGUCCACUGCCAUUGGAAUAACAACGCAUCAGGCAGGACCGAAAAUACCAUCAAGUACAGCUAAUCGUGUGUAUCGUGUUUUACCUGAAGAGCUUCGUUAUCGUGAUUUGAAUCGUCGUCAUGAAGAACUAUCAAGAAUUUGUGCCGAUAUUAUGGCUAAAACGCAAACCAAAAUUCAGUUGACUCAUUCAAAAGAUGGUACAUUAACGUUUUUGUUAUCAGGCAAACAAGAGGCCAUCGAUAUGGCACAACGAAUGUUGGCAAAUGAAUUUCAAGCACAAACGGUUCAUAAUCUGUCCAUACCAAAAGAACAUCAUCGAUUGAUACUUGGAAAAGCUGGUAAAAAAUUGAUGGAUCUUGAACAGGCUACACAAACGAAAAUUCAGAUACCGAAACAAGAUGAAAAAUCUGAUGUCAUCCGGAUAACUGGUACACGUGAAGCAAUCGAUAAGGCUGUACAUGAAAUCAAAUCAACUUCAAAUGAAGCCUAUUCCCGUUCUAUUGAACGUAUCAAUGUGCCUAAAAUUUAUCAUCCAUUCAUUUUUGGUCCAUUCGGACGAAUGUUGGAUCAAAUCCAGAAAGAAACAGGCGCCAAAGUCAAUGUACCACCACCAUCGGUGGUCAAAGAUGAGAUUACCAUAACCGGUGAACGAAACAGUGUUCUUAUGGCAUUGGACCGAGUCAAGACAAUUUAUGAAGAAAAACUACGACGUUGUCAAUCGGUAUCGAUUGAGGUGAAAAAAACACAACAUAAAUAUAUUUUCGGUCCGAAAGGUAAUACAUUGAAUGAAAUUAUGGAACAAACCGGUGUUUCCGUUGAAAUGCCUGCAUCAGAUUCGCCGAUCGAAACUAUUGUUCUUCGUGGUGAGGGGGAAAAAUUAGCCAAUGCUUUGGCUGUACUUUACCAGAAAGCUCAUUCAGAGACGGAAGAUGAGAUAAUCGUACCGGGCUGGAUUCAUCGACACAUUCUCGGACCGAAAGGAUCGAAAUUUCAGGAAUUGUCACAGGAAUUUCCAAAAGUUAAUGUUAGCUUCGAAACAGACGAUAAUCGAAUUAAAAUGAGCGGCCCAAUUGCUGAUGUACAAAAAGCAGCUCAACUAAUUCAGCAACGUGCAAAAGAAAUUGCCUCUCAAUAUUCUGUAACCGAAAUCAAAGUUUCCGAUCCGAAUCAUAUCAAAUUUAUUGUCGGUAAAAAUGGUGCAACACUUCGACAAAUUCGUGAAGAAACAAAAGCAACCAUACAGGUUAUUGGCAAUGAUUCGUCCGUCAAUAAUAAUGGAAAAAAUUCGAAUAAUAAAAGUGCAAAUGCUGGCCAUCAAUUUGUUCGUAUUGAAGGUACACCGGAAUCGGUAGCCAAAGCUAAACAUGAAUUGGAAACCUUGCUUCGAAAAUUGGAAAAUGAAGUUACCUAUGAAUUGACAAUUGAACGACGUUUCUAUGGACAUAUUAUUGGUUCAAAAGGAGAAAAAAUUCGAGAUAUUCGAGCAAAAUUCAAUCAGGUUACGAUCAAUUUUCCGGAACAAAAUGGACACAGUGAAAAAGUAAUAAUUCGUGGUGCCAAACAGGAUGCUGAACCAUGUUAUAAAUAUUUAUCAAAAUUGAAUCAAGAACUUCUUGUUAAUAAUUAUCGUUUUGAAGUGCCUAUUCUCAAACAAUUAUUACAAUUUCAAGGAAAAGAUUCAAUCAAAAAGAUUCGCGAAGAUCUUGGAGUUCGAAUGGAUGUGCAAAAUGAUAGCGACAUGAUUGUGAUCACUGGACCUAAAGAUAAAGUGGAAAAAGCACAUGAACGAAUUCAGACCCUUCAGAAUAGCCUUUCGGAUAUGAAUCAAGUGGACAUUAUAAUUCCGAGUAAAAUUCACAAUUAUAUUCUUGGAUCAAAAGGUCGUAACAUUCGAAACAUAAUGAAUGAAUGUGGUGGAGAUGUUAUCAUAACAUUCCCACCGGAAGGAUCUGGUUCGGAUCGUGUUACAAUUCGUGGAGCAAAAGAUGCCGUACAAAAAGCAAAACAACUAUUGGUCGAAAUGUCGAAUGAUUUUCAGACAAACAAUUAUAGUGAAGAAUUAAAAGUUCGUGUUGAACAUCAUCGUUAUUUGAUUGGCAAGAAUGGCUGGAAUAUCAAUAAACUUCGUGAACAGACAAAUAAUGUAAGAGUACAAUUUUCAUCAGAUUCAAACAACCAAACAAAUGAUUCUGAUCGAGUGGUGAUCAUCGGAAAGAAAGAAGAUGUCCACAAAGCAAGAGCUAUACUUGAAGCUAAAAUCAAAGAAUUGGAAAAAAUAGCCGAACUUGAAAUGCAAGUUGAUCCAAAAUAUCGUCAUCUAUUUGUAUCCAAAAGUGCAGCCCUUUGUAAACAACUUUACGAUGAAUUUGGUGGUGUCAAUGUUAGUUUUCCACCACAAUCGGACAAGAAUAAUAAUUGUAUCACAUUGAAAGGUCCAAAAGAAUGUCUUGAAGCUGUUCGGCAACGAAUUUUCGAAAUUAUUUCUGAUUUUGAUGCUCAAGAAACGAUUGAAGUGGAAAUUGAUGCUCAACAUCAUCGUCAUCUAUUGGGUACACGACUUAAUCGAAUUCAGUCGCUUCAACAGGAAUAUGAUGUUCGAAUUAAAUUUCCAGCGCGACCAAACCGUUCGGAUAAUAAUAAUAGCAACAAUGAUGGCGAAGAGAUUGUGGCCGAUAAUAAAGCCAAUAUUGUUACCAUAACUGGUCGCCGUGAAAACUGUGAAAAAGCUAAACAAGAAUUGUUGGAAUUAGUACCCAUUUCAAUCGAGAUUAGCAUUCCUUUUGAAUUCCACCGUUUUAUCAUUGGCCAAAAAGGUGUUGAAGUACGUGAUCUAAUGGAAAAAUAUAAUGUGAAUAUUCGUGUUCCACAACCGGCCGAGAAAUCAGAUAUCAUUGUUGUCACUGGAAAUCGAACAAAUGUGGAGAAUGCACGAAAAGCAUUGCAAGAAAAAUUGAUAAAAUUGGAAGAAGAAAAGGCCGAUCGAGAAGCUCGUAGCUAUCAGGUUACCGUACAAGUUGAUCCAAUCUAUCAUCCAAAGAUUAUUGGCAAACGUGGUGUUGUCAUUACAUCGAUUCGUAAAAAUUUUAAUGUUCAGAUUCAAGUACCAGAAGCGAAUAGAAAUAAUAAUAAUGAUAACCAGAACAAUGGUGGCAAUCAACAACAACCAACAACCCAAACAAACGAUACGAUCACGAUCAUUGGUUAUGAAGAGAAUGCACAAAAAGCUAAGGAACAUAUUUUGAAAUUGAUUCAAGAGCUGAAAGAUAUGGUCACUGAAGAGGUAAUGAUCGAUAGUCGAUUACAUCCACGGCUGAUUGGAUCGCGCGGAAGAUCGAUCAAAACUAUAAUGAGUCAAUUCAAAGUGGAUAUCCGAUUCCCUAAAGUACAGAAUGGUGAAAAUCCAGAUGCAGUGACCAUUAGCGGAGCCAAAGACAAUGUUGAAGAAUGUAAAGAACAUUUAUUAGAAUUGGCCGAUAAUUACCUUGAUGACAUGGAUGUCCAAUAUCAAUUACCGGCUGAUCACGAAUUUCGACUGAAUUUUGAUGAUUUAUCUUCAUCUGGUGUUGUGAAAGAAUCAAACAAAGGUUUUGUUGUACGCGGUGCACCGUGGGAGAAAAAGACUGCACGUAGUGGUGGUGGUGGUGGUGGUGGUGGUAAUAAUAAUAAUAAUCAAUCGCCUGGAUCACGGCAACAAUUUCGUGGUGUUGAUACAUCAAGUGCACAAGAUUUUCCUGCAUUUGGUGGCCCAAAUGAUGACUUGAUUAACGGCGCAACAAAAAUGAAUAAAAAUAAUACAAUGGAGAAUAGUGAGAAUAUACCCAUGAAUGGCGGUACAACUAUGGUUGGCGAUAAAAAUGGUGAUACAACAACAACAACAACAACCAACAUUGAGCAACCUGUUGUUUGGGGUCCAAAACGAAACUGAUUUUAUAUAUCCGAAUUUGAAACAAACAAACACACACAGCCAAUUGAGUAAUCAGCCAACAAAAUAAAUAAUCAGCCGUUAUAUAUGUUUCCAUAGAUCGAUGACUGACCGAAACAACAACAACAACAAUAAUAAUAAAAAACAUCAUACAAACAAACAACCCGAGCCACAGCAAUAAUAA